ACCCAUUCUCCAUCUCUAUAGCCCAGUGAACUAAAACUUCAUUCCAAACAUCUUAUUCUCAUCGCAUCCAUGGCCACCGCCACGUCCACAUUCAUCGGAACCCGCCUCCCGGAGAUCCACUCCGGCCCGGCGAGAUUCCAGGCCCGGUUCGGGUUCAAGAAGGCUCCUCCCAAGAAAGCGCCAUCCAAGUCCACCUUCACAUCAGACAGGCCCUUGUGGUACCCGGGAGCCAAGGCGCCGGAAUAUCUCGACGGCUCCCUCGUCGGCGACUAUGGGUUCGACCCGUUCGGGCUGGGAAAGCCCGCCGAGUACUUGCAGUUCGAGUUGGACUCGUUGGACCAGAAUCUGGCUAAGAACCUCGCCGGAGACAUCAUUGGGACAAGGACUGAAGCCGCCGACGUGAAGUCCACGCCGUUCCAGCCCUACAGUGAAGUCUUCGGGCUACAGAGGUUCAGAGAGUGUGAGCUGAUCCAUGGCCGGUGGGCCAUGUUGGCCACUCUCGGCGCCUUGACCGUCGAGUGGCUCACCGGCGUUACAUGGCAAGACGCCGGAAAGGUUGAACUGAUCGAAGGAUCAUCGUAUCUGGGACAACCACUUCCGUUCUCCAUUACAACGUUGAUCUGGAUCGAGGUUCUGGUGAUCGGGUACAUCGAGUUCCAAAGAAACGCAGAGCUUGACCCGGAGAAGAGGCUGUACCCGGGAGGAAGUUUCUUCGACCCGUUGGGUCUGGCUGCUGACCCGGAGAAGAAGGCUACCCUGCAACUUGCAGAGAUCAAGCACGCCAGGCUCGCCAUGGUUGCUUUCUUGGGUUUUGCCGUCCAAGCUGCCGCCACCGGCAAAGGUCCGCUUAACAACUGGGCGACCCACUUGAGUGACCCGCUCCACACCACUAUUUUUGACACCUUCGGUUUCUUCUCUUAAGCCUCCUCGAUCUCUCAUUAUCAUCAUCAUCAUCUUGUAUUAUCCCUCCACUUACUUAUUGACAAUAUGAUUAUGCCUAUAUGAAUAUUUGUUAUCUUUGCUCUCCAUGCUC